GACAAACACCGCAGCCAGAAGCGCAAGCGAAAACAAAUAUGGCCGAUGUACAGGACGCGGAAAUGAACGGUAGCAGCCAAGACGUGCCGGAAAAUGGACAAAAUCAGAUGGACAGCGAGGAUAACAUGGGAGGUGGCGGCGGUGGUGGUGGUGGUGGUAGCAGCAGUAACAAUGGCGGUGGUGCCGGCGGCGGCGGCGGUGGCGGAGGUGACAAUCAGAAUGCUCGGGACGACGAGCGGAAGCUGUUUGUCGGUGGGCUGAGCUGGGAAACGACGGAGAAAGAUCUGCGGGAACACUUCGGACAGUACGGUGAGAUCGAAAGUAUCAACGUGAAGACGGAUCCGACCACGGGCCGCUCGCGUGGGUUUGCCUUCAUCGUGUACAAAGCGUCCGACUCGAUUGACAAGGUGGUGGCGGCCGGUGAGCAUGUGCUCAACAACAAGAAGGUCGACCCGAAGCGGGCCAAGGCACGGCCGGGCAAGAUUUUCGUCGGUGGGCUCACGUCGGACAUUAGCGACGAUGAAAUUAAGACGUUCUUCGGACAGUUUGGUACCAUCGUGGAGGUUGAGCUGCCGUUCGACAAGCAGAAGAACCAGCGGAAGGGCUUCUGCUUCAUCACGUACGAGUCGGUGCAGGUGGUGAACGAGCUACUGAAAACGCCCAAGCAAACGAUCGCCGGAAAGGAGGUAGACGUGAAGAAGGCAACCCCCAAACCGGACGGCCAGAUGGGUGGCAUGGGUGGCGGUAUGGGUGGUAUGGGUGGUGGACGUGGCGGUAACAUGCGCGGCGGAAUGCCUGGCCGGGGCGGUAUGCGCGGCAGAGGCGGCCCGAAGGGUGGAUUCGGCGGUGGCUGGGGAGGUCCGGGCGGUUACGGCUACGAUAGCUACAGUGGCGGCUACGGUGGACAGGGCUACGGAGGUGGCGGCUUCGAUGGUGGCUUCGGAUAUGGUGGAGGCGGUUUCGGCGGUGGUGGCGGCGGCGGCGGUGGCGGUGGCUACAUGAACGGUGGCCGUCAGGGUGGUCAGCGUGGUGGCGGCAAGGGAGGAAGCGGAGGAUUUAAGCAGCGUGGAGCUGGCGGUGGUGGUGGCGAUCGUCCACCAAGGCACGCACCGUACUAA